AUGGAAGAAGACUUGAGGAUGGAGGCCGUCAUGUCAGAUGACUGCUGGGAUGCAGCGAUAUUCGAUUCGCCAACAGGCUGGGCUCGUGCCGUCACGGAGCCCCCUCCGGGUCCUGCGCAGCCUCUGGCAGACCUCAAACCCAAGCAGCAGAAGGGCUUGCAGUGGCGGCGUCGAAUGGCCAACAAGCUCGUGCUUGAACACACCAGGUCGAAGCUGGAGAUGGAGCGACAAGAGAUGGCGUUGAAUGCCUCUCUCAGGGACCUCUACGAUGUCCAGGAAUCGGUCGGGCAAGGGUGCAUGGGCGUCGUGCACAAGGGCAGGCGGAAAUCCGACGGAAAGGAGGUGGCCUUGAAGAUGCUGCGAGUGGAUGACGAGGAGAUGGGGCAGAUUGUCAAAAGAGAGUAUGAGACCUUGACCUCUCUCAACCACCCGUAUAUCAUCAAGGCACUCGACUACCUCUCUGAGUGUGGACAAGCGGUCAUCGUCUUGGAGUACUUCCAUGGCGAGACUUUGACCAGGGCAGUUCGAACAUCUAGUGUAAAGACCGGACUUCUCACGGAAGGGAGAGCACGCCGUAUCUUCCAGAUGCUGGUUAGCGCCGUGGAGUACCUCCAUGCCCGACAUAUCAUCCACAGGGACAUCAAGGGCGACAAUGUGCUGGUAAGUGCAAACUUCGAUGACCUGCGACUGAUUGACUUCAAUGUGGCGGGAAGGCUGCUUGAAGGGGAUUCCCUCACAGUGACCGGGACUCAGGAGUAUUGGCCGCCAGAACUCUUCCGAGACGUGACCGCCCGGAGUAUAUGGGAAAGUUCCAGUGUGGCAGGAAAAGCUGGCGACAUUUGGUCGGCAGGACUUUGCCUGCACCUUCUGAUCACUGGCCAGCUUCCAAAACGGGCUGCAGACUUCAAAAACGCGGAUGCCUUCAAGGAAGCCGUCGCCACGAAGCCAGUCACCUGCCAGGAUGCCUGCUGGAAAGAGAUUUCAAUUCCUGGAAGAGACGUCCUCCAGCGAUGCAUGCAGAUGGAGCCACAGCUGCGCCCCACAGCCGAGGAUCUGUUGGGAGAGCGAUGGUUUCAAGAAGCCUUGGGCGUCGGUGCAACCUGCCUUUAUGAAGCCCACUCCCGGACCAGCGAUCGCCAGGCCAUGGAAGCUGCUGCAGGUAAGAAGACCAUCAACGGCAAGGACGGCAAAGAGGAUGCAGCCCUGGUGAGGGCCGCCUUGUCGCCCACCGCUAGUGGUGCUGACACGUCUGCUACCAGCGCAACAAGUGCAACAAGCGCAACCACCACAACUUCAUACCCGAGAAUGACUGCACCACCGCAGAUUCUCGGAUCGGCCACGGAACACCUGAUGAAGAAGCAACCUCACACUACGACGGCCGCUUUUGGUGAUGCCCCACGGCGAAGUACGUCUUUGAGUCUGUUGGGGGCUUCUGACCGGCCGCUACUGGCGGAGCAGUGGGCGCGCAGGAAGGACUCCCAAGGCCCUCCUCCCAAGGAGCAGUUCCUGAAUUUCAAGAUGAAGAACUUGGCCGAGAACGAUGCCAAGAAGAUGUUGGUGGAGGUCGUUUUUCAGGAGAAGAGCCAAAGACCGGCCACGACCCUCGAGCUGGCAAGUUACGACAAGGAGGAGCAGCAAGCAGCUUGGUCUCUUGCGGUCCCUACCGCGGACUUGACCCCUGGCAUCCAUUUCUUCCACUUUCGUGUCAACGGGGUCUUCGUCGUUUCCUGCGAGCACAUGCGGCUUGGUCGGUGGAAUGCAAUGCAUGUAAGUGAUCCAAUUCGUCGCUACUUGUUGGCCCGAGACAGCAAGGGUCAGCUAUCAGAGGAUGCGCCGAUUGUCGAGAAGACACGCUCCAAGAAGAUUGGUGACAUGGCCAUGGAUUCCUGUGUGGGCUCCGGGUCAACAGCAGACGUGGUUGGCCUGCAGGAACUUGGUGGCCAAAACAACAUCGCUCGCCCAUACAGCGUGUGUGGGAAUUUGGUUGGUAAUGCUGAUUCAGAUGACGAGGCAGCUGGUCAGGACAGCGGCAACUCGUUCAGCCCUUUUGCGAAAGAGGUUUACGAAGGAUUGUUUGAUCGGGAGCUCAUGCUCCGUUUGGAUGGGGUCGUCCUCCCCGAGGCUCCGGCACCCCCUGCAGGGAAGGAACCGCUCGAUGAAGGAUCCGAACUGCGCUUGUGGGCCGGCGCGCACUUGAUCAAGAAAGCUCACGGUGCUUGUGAAGACGCAUAUUUUGUUGAUCCACAUGGCAUGGGUGUGGCUGAUGGAGUCGGCUGCAUGGUGCAAUUUGCCAGCUACGGGAUCAAUGCUGCCCAGUAUGCAGCAGAGUUGAUGGAGUUCUCCAGCACCGCUCUGAAGCCCGACGGCUUGGCGUCCGAAGGCAAAAUUCGUGACGAUGUUGCAGAGCGUGCUGCUACAGCGUUGGCACACGGUGAGUCUCAUGCGGCGGCGUACGGCGCCUCGACGGUUGCCGUGCUCUGCCAGCAAGGAAACCAGAUUGGAGUCGCUAACCUUGGCGACUCGGGCUUUAUGCUACUGCGCAAGGGCCCUCAUGGAAUGAAUAUCAUCAUGAAGUCGGAGGAACAACAGCACAGCUGGAAUUGUCCGUAUCAGCUCACUCGCUUGCCCAAGGCGUUGCUGAACCGCUUUCCAAAGCUGCAGCUGGACAAAGCUAGCGAUUGUGAGCGCUACACAGUCGAAAUCAAGGAGGGCGACCUUGUGCUCAUGUUCUCGGAUGGGCUCCGUGACAACCUCCAUGACCGGGAGGUGCUCAGCAUCGUAGAUCGAGCGCUGCCGCCAGCUCAGGCCGACAUGCUGGGGCUGCUGGACCGUUGCACGCCGCCGGAGACCAUCGCCAAAGCGUUGGCUUUGGCCGCCCAAGAAAGGUCCAUGGACCCGACAGCCAAGGUGCCCUUCGUGGAAUAUUCGAAGCGACAUGGUUUCGAAUGCCUGGGCGGGAAACAGGACGACAUCACCGUGGUGGCCUCCUGGGCCGGAACCUCGAGAAAGCCUUAG